AUGGCUUUCAAUAGCUCACCCUGCACGAAUCAAUCUGAUUCCCACCUCCGGUUACUCGGCCAUGAUUCGACUCUGCUGGUGGGAGAAUCUGUGUCUCUCACAUUAGGCGGCGAUUCCCUUUUAGUAGUCGACGAGCGUGCCAUGCGCAAGUCGGACCGUACAUGUUGUGGUCUGGUUCCCAAACCAACGAACAAGAUUACCCAUUCCAUCUCCCUAUACAAUGUCCUUGACACGAGCAUAUCCUCGGCCGGCUUGACCAUCACCUACGCGGAGCAUGCCAGCAAGCAUGACAUUGCCGUAACCGCCCUGCAAUACCCAAUAACCCCCGAAGAGAAAGCGACAGUCGAGACGUGGACGUCAAAACUGCUUACCCUUGCGUACGGUAAUGCGCAGCGGUAUAAGCGACUCAAGAUCCUGAUCAACCCGUUCGGAGGCAAGGGUACUGCGGCUAAGUUAUACCGGACAUAUGCGGAGCCAGUAUUUGCGGCCGCCCACUGCGAAAUCGAUGUGCAGGAGACAACACACAGCGGACAUGCUACGGAGAUCUGUGAGCAGAUAGACAUCAACGCAUACGAUGCUAUUGUGUGCUGCUCUGGUGAUGGUCUACCAUAUGAAGUCUUCAAUGGUCUCGCGAAGAAGCCGAAUGCUGUGGAAGCAUUAGCGAAGCUGGCUGUUACAAUGUUGCCCUGUGGCUCUGGAAACGCGAUGGCCUGGAACCUUACUGGAACCGGGAGUGUUUCCAUCGCUGCUUUGUCCAUCGUUAAGGGAGUGCGCAUGCCAAUGGACCUGAUGUCCAUCACACAGGGAACCACUCGCACAUUAUCAUUCUUAUCUCAAUCUUUCGGUAUCGUCGCGGAUUCGGAUCUGGGCACAGAUAACAUCCGAUGGAUGGGAGCCCACCGCUUUACCUAUGGCUUCUUAGUGCGGCUCAUGCACCAAGCAAUAUACCCUUGUGACCUUGCUAUAAAGGUAGUCAUGGAUGAUAAAACCGCUAUCAAAAACCAUUAUAACACAUAUGUGAGCGGUACCCCGCCUGUCCGCUCUACAGAUGGCGCCCAACAAGGCGAAGGCCUUCCAAAGCUUGAGUAUGGAACUGUUCUCGAUGAGCUGCCCACGGACUGGGAGGUUGUGAAGGGAGACACAAUUGGCAAUUUCUACGCAGGGAAUAUGGCCAUAGUCUCCAAGGAUACAAACUUCUUCCCGGCUUCAGUACCUAACGAUGGGCUUAUGGAUAUCGUCACCGUGGACGGUACAACUAGUCGUUCUAGGGUCCUCAAAAUGAUGACUGAAGUUCCUGAAGGCACAUUCUUUGACAUGCCGGAAGUUGACAUUCGCAAGGCUCUCGCUUUCCGACUUACCCCUCGACAGAAGGAGGGGUACAUCAGCGUCGACGGCGAAAAAAUACCGUUCGAAGCAUUUCAGGUCGAAAUCCACCAGGGUCUUGGCACAGUUCUCUCGAAGUCCGGACAUAUUUAUGAAGCGCCGGGGCCUCGGCCAUAA